UUCCUCUAUUUUCUCAGCCUCUCUCUCUCUCUCUCUCUCUCUCUCUCUCCGAGCUCUCGUUCCCGACUCCUCCUCCCAUGGCACUCCGAACCCUAAACCCUCCCAUCUCAUGGAGCCCGCACCCAUCCUUCGUUCCCGGGGACAGAUCCCUCCUUCGGAUCCUACACCCGUGGCACGAUCCCUGGCUCCCGCCGCUCGCCGGAGCAAGGAUCCGACGAGGAGCCCGCGCCGCCGCCGCCGCCGUCGCCAGGAAUGGGAGGUUCCACGGCGGAGGAGGCGAAGUGGGAGGUGGAGGUGAGGGAGCGAGGAGAGGGGUUAAGAAGGACGUGGACCUCGCGACGCUGGGGAAUCUCUGCGUCGACAUCGUACUCAGCGUCCCGAGCUUACCCCCGGCGCCGCCUGAGGAGAGGAGGGCGUAUAUGGAGAGGUUAGCUGCUUCGCCUCCCGAUAAGACAUCAUGGGAAGCUGGCGGUAACUGCAACUUGGCCAUUGCUGCAGCAAGGUUGGGGCUUCAUUGUGUCACCCUUGGUCAUGUAGGUGAGGAAAUCUAUGGAAAUUUCCUUCUUGACGUGCUUCGGGAUGAGAGCAUUCAGUUUGUUGGAAUGAAUGACGAUGCUGAAGCUACUAGUUCUAGUUCUUCUUAUGAAACACUUCUGUGCUGGGUUCUUGUGGACCCAUUUCAAAGGCAUGGUUUUUGCAGUGUUACUGAUUUCAGCGAAGAGCCUGCAUUUAAUUGGCUUAGUAAACUAUCUAGCCAAGUCAAGGUGGCUAUUCAACAAUCCAAGAUAAUUUUCUGCAAUGGGUAUGCUUUUGACGAACUUUGCCCAGAUGUGCUUGUCUCUGCUCUUGAGUGUGCUAUCGAUUCUGGGACAGCAGUGUUCUUUGAUCCUGGUCCUCGCGGAAAAACACUUCUUCAUGGGACUUCUGGAGAGCAGAGGGCCCUUGAUUUGUUCCUGAGGUUCAGUGAUGUUCUUCUUUUAACUGCAGAAGAGGCUGAGUCAUUAACAGGGAUCACGAACCCAAUUCGAGCAGGACAGGAAUUGGCAAGAAAAGGGGCUCGCUCGCAGUGGGUGAUAGUCAAAAUGGGUUCAAAAGGAUCUGUUCUUAUCACCAAAUCCUCUAUUUCGUGUGCACCUGCAUUUAAGGUGAACAUUGUUGACACUGUUGGAUGCGGAGAUAGUUUUACAGCCGCGAUAGCUUUCGGUUUCCUUAAGGGCAUGCCAGCUGUCAAUACAUUAGCGCUUGCAAAUGCUGUGGGGGCCGCAACUGCCAUGGGUUGCGGUGCUGGUCGAAAUGUCGCCCAUUUGGACAAAGUUUUGGAACUACUGAAGCAAUCCAAUCUCAACGAGGAUGACGAAUUAUGGAGUGAGAUUAUCAACAAUAGUUCUUCAGAAUCUCGGGUCAAUCUUCUAUCCAAAUCACCUAUCAAUGGAUGCAGCGACCGACUUUUGCGUGUUCCCUCUAGGAGUGUUGUUUCGGAACUCCUACCAAUGUUUGAGGCAGCUUAUGAAAGAAGUUUAACACAGCCUUGACCUGAGAAGGCGGUGAAUAAAUCCGUCAGUUGAUGAAAAGGCGGAGUUUUGCGUCCUGAGCAUUCCUUUUCUCCCAAAAAAACAAAAUUCGUUUGAGAGAUCAAGAUUAAAGGUAUCUCUCAGCAGUGUAGUUGUAUAGUCUUUGUAAUAGCAUUUUUUUUUUUUUCACCACUAACAGACAUUGUUAUAGUCAGGGCAUUAAAUUUUACGCAGUUAUGGAGGUUAAGAAACAGCUAUUGUUGCUGUUUCGAAGUACACAAAACACAUCACUUCCACACACCACUUCCACACAUCAUUAUUUAAGCGUGAUACAUCUAAUGCUUCUGUGCGUGUUAUGUUAUUGGAUGAA